CUCCUCCAGGUUCGUGGGAUUGGGAAUUUGGCCUCGUAACUUGGCAACCAAUGAACUACCCACCGAAGGAGGCUGUAGGGGGCGUUGGGGUUUGUGCUUUACGGUUGGGUUACUCUGGGUUCGUAACGGUAGCUGGCUGCAAAGCCAAGCGUCCCCGCCCCCGUUGCCAUAACAACAGUAUACAGCCCGGACUACCCCACCCCCACCCCGGUUCGUUGCGUCUUCCAAAAAUCAGUCCUGGCCUCUCAGCACCAAGAUCCUCUCCAUAACUACUUCUAAAGAAAAGAACCAGGGCCUACGCCUCCCUCCGAAGGCGAAUUGGAUUGGAGGGUUGGAAACUCACCAGGACUGAAUUUCAUCUGACUCAAGAGGGCAGAGGGGAGAAAGAUGUCGGAUGAAGAUGAUCUGGAUGACAUUGAGCCAGACCAGGAUGACCUGGAAAAGGAGGAUGAUGACAAGGAGAUUGAGGAGUGGGAUGAUUACAGGAAGGAGGGGGAGGAAGUCUCCGAGGAAUGGCUGCCCACACCCCUCACGGAGGCUAUGAUGAAGGAAGGGCUGUCAUUACUUUGCAAGACUGGCAAUGGACUGGCUCAUGCUUACAUUAAGCUGGAGGCUAAAGACAGGGACCUCACAGACAUCUACCUGUUGCACUCCUACAUCCACCUCCGCUAUGUGGAUAUUUCUGAGAAUCACCUUACAGACCUGUCACCACUCAACUCUCUCACCCACCUACUGUGGCUCAAGGCUGAUGGUAACCAGCUUCGGAGUGCUCGGAUGAACGAACUGCCCUACCUGCAGAUCGCCAGUUUUUCCUACAACCAGAUCGCGGACACUGAAGGCAUCUUUCAUCCCCGUCUAGUAAACCUGGAUCUCAAAGGGAACCGCAUCCGCCAAGUGACUGGGCUGGACCCUGAAAGACUGACUAGCCUGCACACCCUGGAGCUUCGGGGGAACCAGAUAGAGACCACACUGGGAAUCAACCUUCCUAAGCUGAAGAACCUCUUCCUGGCUCAAAACACUCUGAAGAAGAUAGAAGGCCUGGAAAACCUCAGCGAACUGACCACAUUGCACCUCCGAGACAACCAGAUUGAAACUCUGGACGGCUUCUCCAAGGAGAUGAAGUCACUGCAGUACCUGAACUUGAGGAGUAACAUGAUUAGUGACCUGGGGGAGAUGGCCAGACUGCGCGACCUGCCUAAACUGCGGGCCUUGGUGAUGUUGGACAACCCGUGUGCAGACGAGACCGACUACCGCCAGGAGGCGCUGGUCCAGAUGGUACACCUGGAACGCCUGGACAAAGAGUUCUUUGAGGAUGAGGACCGGGCUGAGGCUGAGGAGAUCCGUCAGAGGCUGAAGGAGGAGCAGGAACAGGAGAUGGAUGCAGAGCAUGACAUGGAACCAUACACGCCAUCGGUUUAGCUGCUCCUCCAGCCUACACCGACAGAGACCAUUGACACUGGCCUCAAGAAUUGAUGAGACUCCAGCGGGGGCCCACCACAUUCAUAGCCCCGUGAUAGGAAUCAGGGCAUGCUGGAAAUCCAUCAUAUCUCAAGGCCCAGGCUCUUUGGUGGUCAUCUUUGUGUGGCUUAGUUUGUGGGCCUAAACUCCUAGGCUCUGUCUGGAGUCUAGAUUGAGGACAGCCCACAAGCAGGUCGGGCCAACCAGGAUGCUAGUAGGGGUUGUCUGGAGAAAGGAGCUGAGGAGGGGGGCUGUGAUGGGACAGUUCGGGUUUCAAAUAAAAAGGGAUUUUGAUA